CGAGACUGACGCGUAACCAGGAAGCCGACUGCACUACGUGGAGAACUGAUGUUCAAAGUGCAACAUACCCGUCCGUCUGCUUAUCACGAGAGUGACCAAACGUUAACAGUUAAUUUAUAAUGCAAAGAUUCACCGCGUAGACAACACUGCAAGAACCAGUAGUUUCAGCAUUUCUUCAGUUCACAAAGUGAGGAAUGAAAAUGGGGAGGAAGGAUGCCAGUGCAACCAAAUUACAAAUGGAUCAGUACCGCAAACAGAUUGGCAAACAAGACAACAAAAAGACCAAGUCUGUCCUGAAGGCCACACAACUGAAAGCAGAUGCCAAGAGGAGUGCUUUCGGGAUCAGGGAUGUUUUCCUGAUGCUGGCGGCCAUCUUGUUUUUGCUGCUGUUCAUCUAUGCUUUCUUCUACCUCAACCUGAGCACCGAACUCGACCUGGACAUGGACUAACAUUUCGGAGGACACUGCCAGAGACAUUUCAACUCCUGGAGAUGGACCAAAGGAAGAUAUUAAAUCGAUUAUAAUUCAGUGUAUAUAGAAUAUAGCAAAUGUAUACACUACAUGUCUUGAUGUGGAAAUUGAUCCAGUCAAACCUUGAUUCUGUGCCUGUAUGUCAGUUGGUUCUCACGGGUUAAGUUGCUCAACUGAAGUUCUAAGAUUAUGUUUGAGAUUUUGAGUGUCCAGUAAAAACACAAUGCAAGGAAUUGGAAUUGUUUACUUUUGUAAUACAGUUGGGAAUAUUUAAAACGAGAAAAUGAAAGCAAUUCAAGCUAUAAACCUUGAAGAUGUCAUGCAUCAAAAAUAUGCAUAGACCUUGUCGUGGCAGUCUAAAACAAUACAAAAUGCUCAUUUGAUAAGAGUGUUUCUCUGGUCAAGGUAUUGCUCUGCUAAUCAUAUUUUUCGGCGGAGUGGCAGCCCUGCUGUGUUCUCUUCUGAGCAGAGGAAUAUGCAUACACAGUCACCUGAAGAAGCACUGCUUGCAUUCCUCCACUCUUGCAGACCUCUCCUCUCUCGCCUGUCACUCUCUCUGCGUGUCUGCAGAGAUUCCAAUGUGAGAUUAGAACCACAUAGUCCUGGGUUAUAAUUUAACCCUUUUGCGGCAUUCGCAACAAAAGGCCAAAAAACAUACAUUGAACAUGUGGCAACAAGCGGCAGGAUUAGCAUUACAAAUGCAGACACUCUGCUCUUUGUAUGUAGUAUGACAAUUAAUGCCAGAGAUGGGCUGAAUCAAGGAGGCAGCUGUCGCCUUUUCCGAUAAUGAACACCUGGAUAUUGUUGAUAUUUUGCUCCACUCGCGCACCGUCAAACUACCGCAUGGAAUGUGUUUGAGCGUGUGUGCAUGCAUGCGUGUCUGUGUGUGUACGUGAGUAUGUAUGUGGUACUUCAAUGUACAUAUCUAAAAGGACACCGAACAAUUGUCAAGGUCAGGUAUAAAGGAGAUUGUUUUGCUCUUCAAGAUGUGGAGAAAGAUUAAUAACCUUCUCGUGAUGGCCUGACUGCUGGAGCUUUCAAUAAGAGAGGAGCUUUGUGGGUAAUGAGUGGAGUGGAGUCCCAUUUUUUAAGUCCAUCUGUAGCUUUCAUGUAUGUCUUUUAUCUUUCUUCGUAAAACAAUCUUUUCUAUUUACAUUUAAAUGUUAUCGUUAGUAUUUGAAGUCGUGUUUUUCUUCAGCUAUUCUUAUGUAUUCUUUAUUUUAGAAAAUGAUCCAUUAAAAUUUCCCGAAAGUCAAUGAUA